AUGCACUUGUCCAUGGUUCCUGAGGAGCAGCGGGAGAACAGGACGCGGCUGGUGACCGAAUUCCUGCUGGUGGGAUUCUCCAACCUACCGCAUCUGAGGCCGCUGCUCUUCCCGCUCUUCCUGCUCACCUACUUGGUGACCCUGGGCGGCAACGCCACCAUCAUCACCAUCAUCCACCUGGACCGAGGCCUGCACACACCCAUGUACCGUUUCCUGGCCGUGCUGUCCCUCUCCGAGACCUGCUAUACCCUCGUCACCAUCCCCAACAUGCUGGCGCACCUGUUACUGCGCAGCCAGGCCAUCUCCAUCGCGGGCUGUCGGGCUCAGAUGUUCUUCUUCCUGGGCCUGGGCUGCAGCCACUGCUUCCUCCUCACCCUCAUGGGCUAUGACCGCUAUGUGGCCAUCUGCCACCCGCUGCGCUAUUCGGUCAUCAUGAGACCCGCGGUCUGCCUCCGCCUGGGGGCCCUCGUUUUCGGCUCGGGUUUCUCCGUGGCCCUGAUCGAGACCUGCGUGAUCUUCGCCUCGCCCUUCUGCCACGGGCCCCGCGUGGAACACUUCUUCUGUGACAUCGCGCCCGUGCUGCGGCUCAGCUGCGCCCAGAGCGGGCGCGCAGCCCUGGGCAUCUUCUUCCUCAGCGUCCUGGUGGUGCUGGUCUCCUUUCUGCUCAUCCUCCUGUCUUACGCCUUCAUCGUGGCCACCGUGGUGCGCAUGCCCUCGGCGGCUGGCCGCCGCAAAGCCUUCUCCACCUGCGCAGCCCACCUCACCGUGGUCGUGGUGCAUUUUGGCUGUGCCUCCAUCAUCUACCUGCGCCCCGAGUCCGGCGGCCACCCGGAUCGCGACCGCCUGGUGGCCGUCUUCUAUACGGUGGUCACGCCUCUGCUCAACCCCGUGGUGUACACACUGCGCAACCAAGAGGUGCGCGUGGCGCUGCGCAGGACUCUGGGGCGCACCUGCAGGCCGUCUGAUUGA